AUGCCAUUGGUAUCAGGGAAUUCAGUGAAUGUAACACGUUUCGACAAUAAUUUAGGAAUAUACAUUGAAUCCAUUGGCUUGAUGAAAGUAGCAACGGCAGAAUGGAAAAUGAUUGUUUACUAUGAUCUUCAUCCAUAUUGGACCGAAAUGGACUCCUUGAACAACGGGACUAAAACCAUCAAACGUUUAUGUUCAGAAUUGCAAACACAUACAGCAUAUUCCACAAUAAAUAUAAUCAAACGAGAUGAAGUUACCAUGCAGUCCCGAAUGAAUCAUUUGCAAAAGCAGGUUGAUGAGUUUCAGAAUAGAAUUGGAACUGCAACAGAACAGAUACAUGUCACUCAAUUACUACUUUCAUUAUCUGCAGAACUCACAUUAAUGGUAUCCAAUCUUCAACACAUCCAGUCGGAGAUAAUUAAUGUGCUUACAGAUACACAUCAUGGGAAAAUCAGUCCACUGCUAUUAACUCCUGAUCAAUUAACAAAGGAGAUUAACAGAAUCAAAGGCCACUUACCAUCAUCGCGUACAUUACCGUUCACAGAAGACAAUUUGACCGAUUUUUACAAGCUAAUGAAAGUGAAGUCAACAAUUAAAAAUCAGCAUGUAUUAUUUUUAAUACAACUACCACUGCUAGACAAGCAGCAAUUUGAAUUGUUCAAGACAACACCGAUACCGGUUGUAAUAAACAAAACCAUGAUAAUUAUCAAAACUGAAGUGGAGUACUUGGCAACCAACACUUACAACCAAUGCUUACAUUUGGACCUACGUGCAUCAUUAAAAACGCAGAAAUAA